AUGCUUCUGGACGAGCGCGGCAAUCUCAAGGUCUCUGAUUUUGGCCUCAGCGCCCUGCCGCAGCAGCAGCACCGCGACGGGCUGCUGCACACCACCUGCGGCACGCCCAACUACGUCGCCCCUGAGUGCUGCUCUUCUCCUUUGCUUGACGUUGCACCACCAGCACUCUUCAUACUCCCCAUCAGCCCUUUCACCCCUGCCCUGCAACGCUGCUCAUCCGCUCUCCUCCUCAUCCACUCUCUCCUCCUCAUCCUCUCUCUCCUUCUCAUCCUCUCUCUCCUCCUCAUCCUCUCUCUCUCCUCCUCAUCCUCUCUCUCCUCCUCAUCCUCUCUCUCCUCCUCAUCCUCUCUCUCCUCCUCAUCCUCUCUCCUCCUCAUCCUCUCUCUCCUGCUCAUCCCCUCCUCUCCUGCUCAUCCCCUCCUCUCGUGCUCAUCCCCUCCUCUCCUGCUCAUCCCCUCCUCUCCUGCUCAUCCCCUCCUCUCCUGCUCAUCCCCUCCUCUCCUGCUCAUCCUCUCUCUCCUGCUCAUCCGCUCCUCUCCCGCUCCUUCCCACCAGGUGCUGUGCGAAAAUGGCUACGACGGGCGGAAGGCGGACGUGUGGUCGUGCGGGGUGAUCCUAUUCGUGCUGCUGGCGGGCUACGCGCCCUUCCAGGACAGCGACCUGCGCCCGCUCUACCGCAAGAUCCGCCACGCGCUCUUCUCCUUCCCCGCCUGCGUCUCGCCCUCCGCGCGCGCCCUCAUCUCCGCCAUCCUGCAGCCCGACCCCGCAAAGCGUUUGACGAUGGAGGGAAUAAGGCAGCACGCGUGGUUCAAGCCGGGCUACAUCCCGGCACAGCCCAGCCCUGAAGCUGCCGUGCACACAUGCGACAUCGACACCGUAUUCUCGCACCAUCACCUGCUCGGCCUCACCGCGCCCACCACACAACCGCUCUCUGCGCUACCCCUCUCUAACAUUCCGGCGUCGCUGCCUGCGCCGCCGCCCUCCCAGUGCGGGGCGGACCUUCGGAUCACGGCCGUGGAGUCGCUGCUGCGCUCCGCACUUAACGCUUUGGGGAGCGAAGGGAGAAGAGGGGUCGGGUGUGAGGGGCAUGGGAGCGAAGGGGGCGAAGGGGAGAGGGCAGAAGGUAGAGGAAUGAAGGAGGGAGGGGCGGGUGCAGCAGCGGCGGCGGAGGAGAGUCCGGAGCUGAUGAACGCGUUUGACCUGAUAGCACGCGCGCAUGCGCUGGACUUGGGAGCCCUUUUCCACCGCCGUGCCGACCCGGUUCUGCGCCAAACCCGCUUCACCUCGCGCCUGCCGCCCGCCCUCAUCCGCUCCCGCCUCCUCGCGCUUGCACCCGCCCUGCACGCUGAUGCGCACGCCAAGCUUUUCAAGAUCCGAUUCUCCCGCCCCGCAACGAAGAAUGGCCAAGAGCUCUCCGUGGUGAUCCAGAUAUUUGAGAUGACAGCAGGGGUGUUCAUGGUGGAAGCACGCAAGGCUGCUGGCGACACCCUCGAGUACCACAAGGUGAGCAUAAUCCCCAUCAUCCGUUCUCCCCUUCCCCUCUUAUUCCCUCGAGUACCACAAGUGUCUAACCAUGUCACUCGCCCUCUCCCUGCACCCUCUCUCCCACACCACCAGUUCUACCGUGCACUGCUGGCACGCGUCUCAGACAUGGUCUGCCACGACACCACACCCACGCCCCUUCCCUCCAUCGCCCCGCCCCUCCCCACUGCUCCUCUCGCCACUGCUCCUCUCGCUCCUGCAACCCUCCCAUCCUCGCCUCCCGACCCUGCCACCUGCGCCUGUGCACCAUCACCCGGCGUGUCUAGCAAACCAGGCGUGCAGCAGGACGUAAAGCCGGGUGUUGCAAGGGAAGAGGCGGAGCAGCUGAUGCGGCCACAGCAGGUUCAGCCACCCCAUAGGCGGACGUCUCUGGACGAGGGCCGCAUCGCCACCAUGCAGGCAUGUGGCAGCGGUGAUGGCGAGCGAGCCAGGAGGAAAUCCAUGGACGCGACCAGCCUGCCAGUCGCAGAUAUGGCAGCAAGAACAGUAGCGGCGGCGGCAGCGGCGGAGGCAACAAGGAGAGAUGAGGCGGUGAGAUCUCCUGCCAAGGCCAGGUCGUUGGAUUUUUGGCCUGGAUCGCUCAUGUCAUCGGUGCUGCAGUCGCCCCUCUUCAAGGCGCGCUCUGCAUCUCCCUCCAGCCCUUCAUGCACCCCUCUGGGCAACGACCCUCCUGCCCUGAGCCUGACACAGCUGCACAGCUGCACAGCUGCUCCUGCUCCUGCUCUGGCCCCAUGUGCCACUGUCGGGCUGCAGUGA